AUGUCCACUCUCACCUCCCCAGCCGCCGACAGUCUCACCAUUAUGUCAAACGAGUCGCGUCCUAUGUCAGCUGGCGCUGGUAGUGGUGCUCCUAGCACUGUCGUUGAGCUUAACGCUUAUGACGUGCCGGUCACUAUGAAGGAUGCACUUCAGCCUCGUGACAUCGCGCCUCCUAUUACCACUCCGAAAACGCACAUCAUUUUCGAGGUUCUGGCUGAGCUACUAGGCACCGCAGUCUUUGUUGGAUUUGGGACUGGCGCAAACUGUCAAUAUGCGGUCGGCAACGGCGGCCAGUUUAUGUCUUUUUCGACAGUCCCCGUUGGAUGGGGCGUUGGACUGGCACUCGGCAAUGCUUUCGCGGCCCGCUUCUCAGGUGGCCACCUCAACCCAGCCGUGACUCUUAUGCUGGUGCUCAUUGGGCAAGUGCCAGCAUGGAAGUUGCCCAUCUACUACAUCACUCAAGUGCUGGGUGCUCUGGCAGGUGCCGCUAUCACAUAUGGAGUGUACUAUCACAACAUUUUUGUAUACGAUCCGGGACACACCCUCGAGCGCACUGCAGGACUGUUUGGCACACUCCCAGCAAUGGACAUGCCGGCUUUCUCCUGCUGGCUUGCCGAGUUCUUUCCAUCCUGUGUCCUUAUCUUCACUAUAUUAUACAUCGUGACCCUGAAGCCUAACCCGCCAUUCCCGGUCGUGCCGCUUGCUCUCCCCAAAGUCCUCUUCCUUACCAUCCUGGGGGUCGGAUGCACCUUUGGAUCUACUACAUCCUUCUCGAUGAACCCGGCACGUGACCUUGGUCCUCGUCUCCUCACAUGGAUGGCUGGCUACGGUAAAGAGGUGUGGAACUACAAGAAUCAGUACUGGCUCUGGGGUGGCCAGCUUGGCGCUUUCUCCGCCGCGGUGUUUGUUAGUCUGGGAUUCCAUGCGUUUACCUGGCUGGAGCGCCAUCUUCUGGACGAUCGUAGAGGAUCAACAUUUCUGCGAAUCUUCAAUCCACUGCCUCAAUGA